GGUAACAUUGCUCCACGUCCCCAACUGCUUUUGUCUCUGUAAGAAAGAUUCAAUUAUUGGAUUGAUUAAAUACUCAAGCUUUUCGUCUCAGUAAUCCUCAUCUGGGUGUUUAACAGUUACUUGGCCGUUUACACUGCUUUGGGGGGCUCUGAUGGUUCUGAUGUUGGUUUAUCAAGUUCAUGGGGUGAAGUUCUCAUCUGGGUAUGCAGGUUUUGGGUAACGCAGAUGAAGGUCAAUGCAAUUGACAGCAUUUGAGAGAUCAUAAGAAUGAAUCCCAAUUUAUAGACAGAGAAAAGUGGAGGAAUACCGACAUUUGGCAGAACAAAUUAUGGCUCCUGGAGGCAUAAUCUGGAAGGAAGUAAUAGAGUCUCCCAUUCUAUUUUCAGACUAUGGUAUGAGUAUGACGUUGAAUGCAGAACAAAGAGGCUCUCCCUUGAGCAAGACUUCCAAUCAAUCCAUUGGAAAUCUUGGAAUGUCUUCAAAUAAUGAUGUUCAUGAGCUACUUGAGUGUCCUGUUUGCGUGAAUUUAAUGUACCCUCCGAUUUUUCAGUGUUCCAAUGGUCAUACUUUGUGUUCGAAGUGCAAGGCUAGAGUACGCAACUCUUGUCCAACUUGCCGCCAAGAGCUUGGAAACAUAAGGUGCUUGGCUCUUGAAAAGGUUGCAGCGUCUUUGGAACUCCCAUGCCAAUACCAAAAUUUGGGUUGCCAGGAUAUCUUCCCAUACUACUGCAAGCUCAGACAUGAAAAGAUAUGUAAAUAUCGUCCAUACUGCUGCCCCUACGCUGGAGCUGAGUGUUCUGUCACCGGUGACAUCCCAUUCCUCAUAAUGCAUCUCAAGGAGGAUCACAAGGUUGAGUUGCACAAUGGUUCUACUUUCAAACACCGAUAUGUCAAAUGCAAUCCACAUGAAGUUGAAAAUGCUACAUGGAUGUCGACAGUAUUUAACUGUUUUGGGCGACAAUUCUGCUUGCACUUUGAGGCUUUUCACAUAGGAAUGGCACCGGUUUACAUGACCUUUCUGCGAUUCAUGGGUGAUGAAGAUGAGGCUAGGCAAUUUACUUACAGUCUGGAAGUUGGUGGGAAUGGCAGGAAACUUACAUGGCAAGGGAUUCCCAGAAGCAUUCGUGAUAGCCAUAAGAAAGUUCGAGACAGUCAAGAUGGAUUGAUCAUUCAAAGAAACUUGGCACUCUUCUUUUCAGGCAAUGAUCGACAGGAGCUGAAGUUGAAAGUGGCUGGAAGAAUCUGGAAAGAACAGUGAGAUAUAGCUAGAACAGUGGUUUUAUAACACUUUAGUAGUUUAGUGGCUAUAUCACUAAAGAGUAGGAAAGUCUCGUUGUGAAUGAGUAGCUGUAAAUGUUUUGGGAUUCUUAUUUCAGUGGCUAUAUAACAGGCGUAUUUAAAGAA